AUGAAACGGCUUAAGGGGAAGCUAAACAGUCCCCGGUUUGGCAGUUUGCCCACGGACAGUGACUGCUCAGUGACAAUAAUCGCAACUUGUCCAUGGGGGCCUAGACAUUUUCGCGUAGUUUUUUCAUCACAACCGAACUGUAUAUACAAGAACCCAAGUGUGAGAUAUCACUGGGACGAUUUUUUUGUGCUAGCGGGAGUGAGGUAG